AUGAUCAAAUACAUCUACGAGGAUAUGGGCCUCGACGACAUAUCCUUGAUGGACCUUCGCGAUUUGGACUCUCCAGCCGCGCUCGGCCCGAAUCUUAUCAUGCUGUUUGCCACUGCGCGAAACGAACGGCACCUUCAUGUCUCCUCGGGGCGAUUCGUACGGUGGCUCAAGCGGGGUUUCAAAGUGGAAGCUCGAGCUGACGGACUCAUCGGGCCGGGCGAACUAAAGACCAAGCUCCGCCGGAUGCGGAAGAAGGCCAAGCUAAUGGGAACCAAUACCAUGAUUUUGCCUGGGGGCGAUAAUGGUAUUUCUACUGGGUGGGUGUGCGUCAACUUCUCCACUAGCGAUGCUGUCUCGGAUGAGAGUGUCAGUUACGAUGACAGCGGACGGUUCUCUGGAUUUGGAGCUGCGCCAACUGGCACCACGGUUGUAGUGCAGUGCAUGACGGAGCCUCGAAGAAUCGAGUUGGAUCUCGAAACAUUGUGGCAAGGGAUCCUGAGGCGAAGUCUGGAACAAACCAUCAAGAUGAAAGGGCAGGCUGUGCCAGAAAGACGAGAGUUGGAAUCGAUGUUGUCGUCACGGAUUCAGCUGCCCAACACAGCAUCAGCCGUUCAGUGGCAGAAGAUGCAGCAGGCUUCGCAACAGCGAAGAUACUUUUCUGCGAGCGCCAGGGCGCUCCAAACACGCGUUGAGGGUCCCUCUCUUCCGACCCGCUCUGCGGAUCUUGAAUCCGACGACCAGACCACAAACGCAGAGCUGGGCUUGGCUGAACUUGGCAGUCUUGCGGCGCAGCUGACCAACCUCCUCACAUCGGGGACGUCGCUGACGCCCGAGGUUGUUGAGAACCUCGUGCUUGCCAUUUUUCAGGCAACCUCGGCAGAAGGUGAGGCGCUGCUGCGUCUGCAACUAGUCGAUCGAUUGCUUCUCACGGCCGAAGAGAGAGGCAUGGCAGUCCAAUCUAUAAACAUGCUUGUUUCCCUCAUCGAAGCGGUGGUCAGCUCUCCAGCAUAUGGGCCGCAACUAGAGCGAGCGCAAAGGAACCUCGAAUACCUAUUGCUCAGCAUGCGGAAGCCCCUGGAACACAGCCAGACGAUGCGGUUGAUGACGGCAUACGCUGGGCGACGGGCGUGGGAUCGAUUCUGGGACACGUUCCGCGCCCCAGCCAGAUUUUGCAUCCCACGGCCCGCGGAAAUGUACGAGUUGGUCUACCGAGUCCUGGCCUCGACGCGAGAUUCAAAACAGUGCAUCGAUGCGCUUCGGUGGGUGUACCCCGAAAUGUUGAAGGAAGUACCACCGGUUUAUCCAACGGGGAUGGUUUACACUUGGUUGAAGGCUUGCAUCUUGGUGGCCGAUCCAGCCGCGGAAGACUUGCUGCAUAAUCCGCCGCCAGCAGACUCGCUGGACACGAUUGGCAAGCGACGUUUGAAGCGUCGCGAGUUUGUGGGGGUCCUCAAGGGAGUGGAGGAUUUGCACCAGCACUUUGUUGGACAGGAAGCCCGAGCAGAGAGGGCGCGAGCUCUCAACCGGCUCUACACGGGACAUGUUGCACCAGAAUAG